CGCCACUCCAGCUACUCCCUUAACUUGAUAUCUGUUUACUUUAGAGGAGGCAGGUUUUGAGAACGGAUCAUAAAUAUCCUGGCCCAGUGCCCUAGGAGCCAUGAGAAGCAAAACAACGUACUUGCCUGAAGAUAGCUUUUAUGAUAUUUAAAUGUGAAAAUUACUCCCGGGGCUUAUUUGCAGGACAAACCUGUAACGAAUAGUUUACAUUGAAGGCAUCUAGACUCCUGGUCCUUUUCGGAAAUGGCAGGUGUGAGUGGCUGUAUAAAAUAUUCUAUGUUUAUCUUCAACUUCUUGUUCUGGAUAUGUGGUUGCUUGAUCCUGGGAAUAUCAAUAUGGUUACGAGUAAGCAAAAAUACAAAAGAGGUCUUCACUCCUGAGGACUCUAGCGGCGACCCCUUUGUUGCCGUGAAUAUACUCAUUGCUGUGGGUGCUAUCAUCAUGAUUCUGGGUUUCCUGGGAUGCUGUGGUGCUGUGAAGGAAAGCCGCUGUAUGCUUCUCCUGUUUUUCAUAAGCUUGCUCCUGAUCCUGCUUCUGCAGGUAGCAGCAGGUAUCCUAGGAGCUGCUUUCAAAUCUGAGUCUGUUCGAAUGCUGAAUGAAACACUCCACAGAGAUGUAAAGCUUUUGAGUGAAUCAGGCGAGGAUGGCAAAGAAUUCCGGGAAGCAGUGAGUUCGUUUCAGAAAGAGCUUCAAUGCUGUGGUUUGAUCAAUGGAGCUGCUGACUGGGGAAAUAAUUUUCAACAAAUUUCUUCCUCAUGUGAAUGUCCAAAUAUGUCAACUGAUACUUGUACAGUUUAUGAAGGAAAAUACGUUUACAAACAGACAUGUAUUUCUUUGAUUAAAGAUGCCGUUGAAAAAUAUAUCAUCAUCAUUAUUGGAGUAGCAUUUGGACUGGCAGUUAUUGAGAUAAUUGGUUUGGUGUUUUCUAUGGUCCUCUAUUGCCAGAUUGGAAACAAAUGAACCCGUGGACAUGUCAAGAUAUCAUCAGUCAAACCUCUUUAAAAUUUUGCUUCAGUCUUUGUAACUUCAAAUAUACAAGUGCUGUAUAUAUCAAGAGCAGAUGUCUUGUGAAAAUAUCUCAUUUAGCUAGACCAUAGAUAUUUUCUGCUCAUAUUGAACAUAUUUAAGGUUUGAAGGUGUAAGAAAAAUAAAAUGAAGUUGUAUUUUUACUCAAAA